AUGCCUCCAAUCUUGCCUGAUUUUUCUAGCUCAGUUAAGCUCAAAUAUGUCAAACUUGGUUACCAAUAUCUUGUUAACCAUAUCAUCACUCUCACUCUUAUACCUAUCAUGAUUGGUGUUUCCAUUGAAAUUAUACGUUUAGGUCCAAAUGAACUUCUGAAACUUUGGAAUUCACUUCACUUUAACCUCGUUCAAAUCCUAUGUUCUUGUUUCCUUGUCAUUUUCAUAUCCACGGUUUAUUUCAUGUCGAAGCCUCGUACAAUCUACCUUGUCGACUAUGCUUGUUUCAAACCCCCGUUUACUUGUCGUGUUCCUUUCGCUACUUUCAUGGAACAUUCGAGACUUAUCCUCAAAAAUAAUCCGAAAAGUGUCGAGUUUCAAAUGAGGAUUCUUGAGCGGUCUGGUCUUGGCGAAGAAACUUGUUUACCGCCUUCCAUUCAUUAUAUUCCGCCGAAACCAACCAUGGAAGCAGCAAGAGGUGAAGCUGAGCUUGUAAUUUUCUCAGCUAUGGAUUCUUUGUUCGAGAAAACCGGUCUUAAACCGAAAGAUAUAGACAUUCUCAUAGUCAAUUGUAGUCUUUUUUCGCCAACACCUUCUUUGUCUGCUAUGGUGAUUAACAAAUAUAAACUCAGAAGUAACAUCAAGAGCUUCAAUCUUUCUGGAAUGGGUUGUAGUGCGGGACUCAUUUCGAUCGAUUUAGCUCGCGAUCUUCUUCAAGUUCAUCCGAAUUCAAACGCGGUCGUUGUUAGUACCGAGAUUAUAACACCAAACUAUUACCAAGGGAAUGAAAGAGCCAUGCUUUUGCCGAACUGUUUGUUCAGAAUGGGCGGUGCAGCGAUUCUGAUUUCGAAUCGAUCGUCUGAGAAACGGAGGGCUAAAUACAGAUUAGUCCAUGUUGUUAGAACACAUAAAGGAGGUGAUGAUAAAGCAUUUAAAUGUGUGUUUGAAGAAGAAGACAAAGAGGGCAAAGUCGGAAUUUCACUUCAGAAAGAUCUCAUGGCAAUUGCAGAUUUCAAACAAGCUUUCGAGCAUUUCUGUAUCCACGCUGGUGGUCGUGCUGUCAUCGAUGAGUUACAGAAGAAUCUUCAACUAUCAACCGAACACGUGGAAGCGUCGAGGAUGACGCUACAUAGAUUCGGUAACACAUCCUCUUCGUCGCUGUGGUAUGAGCUUAACUACAUUGAAUCCAAAGGAAGGAUGAAGAAAGGAGAUAGGGUUUGGCAGAUAGCAUUUGGCAGUGGAUUUAAAUGUAACAGUGCUGUUUGGAAAUGUAACACAAGUAUUAAAACACCUGUCCAUGGACCUUGGACAGAAUGCAUCGAUCGUUAUCCUGUUCAUAUUCCUGAGAUUGUGAAACUCUAG